AGGAUUUUGAUUCUACUUUCUUACUUCGAAGACGUGUAAAAAAAGAUGAAGUUAUAAGUGAAUCUGAUGAUGGUAAAUCUGAUGAUAAUGGUGAUUUUGAAACAUUUAAGGAUUAUGCAUCACUGGAUUAUGAGCCAUUUUGA